UGGUAGUAUACUAUAAUGAGUAAUCAGUAUCAGUAGAAACAUAAAAGCUAUUAAACCGCUAAUUAAAUUUUUAAUUUAGACCUUCGAACCCACUGACACUCACGUGAGUUAUUGAUAUAAAAUUCACACAAUAAAAAAUAUAUAUAUGAGUAAACGUCAGUUAUAAACAAGUGGUCACAUACGAAAGGCAUUGAGUAGAAUUUUAUACUUGAACUCGACAAGUAUUUUUUUGUAUUUAAAUUUUUAUUUUUCAUUCAUUUUGCCGCCUUGGGACAGACGAAACUCAAUUAUUUUUUUUUUGCUGUACAUAUUAAGUUUAGUUUAUACUGUGGCCAUUCAAAAUGAUAAAGCCAGUGAUGUUCUCGAUAUUUGUAAUUGUUAUUAUUAUAAUUACAAUAAGUUAUUGCACUGGGCAGUUUGAAGACGACCAGAUAGAUUUGAACGAUGCCUGGUUUACGGAAGAUAUGUACAAUGAUCCUUAUUUUGAUAAAUUACGUAAAAAAAAAAAGUAUGGAAUCAUCGCGCCAGGAACUAAAUGGUGUGGUCAAGGUGAUAAAGCUGAAAGUUAUAAUGAUUUAGGUAAAUUUAAUAAUACUGAUAUAUGUUGUCGUGCACAUGAUAAUUGUCCGAUUGCUAUUAAAGUUGGUGAAACUUUAUAUGGUUUGAAAAAUCCAGAUUUGUCUACUAGAUUAAGUUGUACCUGCGACAGAGAAUUUCACACAUGUUUAAAAAAUGUCGAGAGCCUCGCAAGCAAAACAAUAGGGACAAUUUAUUUCGAUUUGUUAAAAAAAAAAUGUCUCGACUACAAAGACGGUCAGUAUCAAUGGGCAGAAAGUGUCGUCUACUCAGAGGCUAGAUUCAUUUUAUUCAUCCGAAGACUAUUGAAUUAAAAAAAUAAAUAAUAAUAAUAAUAUAUGUAUAAUGUAAUCUGAUAUUGAGCAUAAAUUUUCCAAGUUUGUAUUAAAAAAGAAAAAAACGUUUACAUCCAAUUAAGGCAAAGGAGAACGUUAAACCGCGAGCACGAUGUGUGACGACUUAAUUACCCUUGCCGAUACAGACGAUGAACCAGAAGUGCAGUGAGAAAACGUGCAUUCUUUAUUUUUCUCUUUCUAUUUCUCCUUUCUCUAUUUUAUUUUUAAUUCAUUAAUUUUAUUCUCCACUUUAUAUUUAAUUCCACUUUUAUUCCGUUCUAUCUGCACCCAUAUAUCAUUGUUACGUUUUUUAUUUAUCUCCAGCAUAGACUUACACCAUUGGUUUGUUAAAAACGUAAAUGAGAAAAUCCUACGGAAUUAAUUCAAAACUUAAAUUAACAUUUACUAUUUUUAUUCGACUAUACAAUAGAGUCAUUUUUUUAUCCCGUAUAUUUGAAUAUCGCGGUCUUUUAUUUAAUUUAUUACGAUUUUUUAUUUUUGUACUAAAGACAAUUUUUUUAUGAUAUUUUUAUUGUAAUCGACUUUUUUUUUUUAAUAAAUCAUUUACAAUUUUUU